CACAAACAACCACACCUUCCAAGAAGACAACACCACGACAACAACACAACAACACGACCACCAACAACACCAUCCCACCACCCUCCCACCACGCUCUGAGAUGGCAAGUAGGCAGCUGGGCGCCGAGGAUGGAGCGCGGUCCAUUCGUCGUUCAAAGACAAAGCGUAACUCCGUGAUUGAUGUGCUGAGCGAUGGCCGCCAGGGCGUUACCAUGGCGGAUGGCUCCCAGUACGUUGGCAGCUGGCAGGAUGGCAAGUUCCAUGGGCAAGGGGAGCUGGUGACGGCGGACGGCACGCGGUACAAAGGGUCGUUCGAGAACGGCAAGUUCCACGGCGUCGGCGUGCUGGAGACAAAGGCGGGCUCAUACCAAGGGUCCUUGCAGAACAACCGCAUGCACGGCCUGGGCAAGUUUGUGGCAAAGGAUGGCAGCUCCUACGUCGGCAACUACGUCAAUGGUGAGAAGAGCGGUAGCGGCGAGCUCACCUCCCCUGACGGCUCCGUGUACAACGGCGAAUUCAAGGCGGACAUGAAGCAUGGGCAAGGGAAGCUGGUUGCAGCAGACAAGUCCGUGUACGAAGGCGAGUGGCGGUCCAACAAGAAGCACGGAGAAGGCACCAUCACGUUUACAAACGGCACGACGUACACCGGUGGCUGGGAGGAUGACGUGUUCCACGGCAUGGGCACGCUGAAGCGACCCGACAGCGUGUAUCAGGGCAGCUUUGUCAAGGGCGUUGUGGAAGGCCGUGGCGUGCUCAAGGCUGCCAACGGCGAGCAGUACGAAGGAGAGUUCAAGAACAACAAGCCGAGCGGAAAGGGCACCAUGGUUUAUGCGGAAGGCGUCGGAAAGUACACGGGAGGGUUCCUGAACGGCCUGCGGGAGGGCGCUGGGGAGUUUCACUGCACAGACCCGCACUACGUUGAGUUCUCGUACACGGGCGAGUGGAAGAAUGAUGUGCGACACGGCACAGGGACGCUCACCUUUCCUGAUGGCUUCUCCUUUCGCGGAACCUUUGAGAACGGCCGUCCCAUCUCAGGCACGUUCCGUAAAGGCGACUUGACAAAGGAGUAUCAAGACGAUCCAAAGUUCCACAAGUUUCUUGGACCAACCUCAAACCCAGCCGGCUGGGAGAUGGCGCUGUUGAAGAUCAUGCAGCACUGGCACCAAACGGCUUCCUCCUAGGCGCGGGGCCACGCGUACAUGCGUGCGUGUACGUGUUUUAGAACGUGUGUGGCGUGGUGAAGUGAGAUGUGCUCCGCAGAAGUUGUAUGUUGUUACACUUGUGCUCUGUAUGUGUGUGCUUACAGGCGGCCUCUGCUCGCUGUUGCUACGGGGCCAGCAGUAUUGACCUCUCAACCCAAAGUAAACAGCCCAUAGACGCAA